CGCACUUUAACUAAAACCAGAAGUGAUCCGUGACAGAGGAGCAGAAACUGAUCCAACAAGUGCUCAGCUGACAGGAAACACACGGUGAACACAGCACAACAAGUGAUGGAGCACUCCAAACAGACACAGUACGGCUCUAACGACAAGAAAGACACCGGGGACAGCGGCUCCGUGAUGAACGGACACUUUGACGGGAUGGUGAAGCGGCCGGCCGGCGGCACCGUGCGCGCCGCCGCUCCUCAGCCUCCGCCGGGCGCCGAGUCCGGCUCGCACCGGCCGGUGAUGGAGAGCUGGAGGGAGGAGCGCACCAGGAGCGUGGAGGACAACGAGAUGAGCCUGCCGUCCCUGGCCGCGGCUUACACCACCAUCCUGCGGGGGCUCGGGGAGGACCCCCAGCGGCAGGGGCUCCUCAAAACCCCCUGGAGGGCCGCCACCGCCAUGCAGUUCUUCACCAAGGGCUACCAGGAGAAAAUUAUCGACGUGCUCAAUGACGCCAUCUUCGAUGAAGACCAUGACGAGAUGGUGAUUGUCAAAGACAUCGACAUGUUCUCCAUGUGUGAACAUCAUUUGGUGCCCAUCUUCGGCAGGGUUCACAUCGGUUACCUCCCCAACAAGAGAGUUCUGGGCCUCAGCAAGCUGGCCAGGAUCGUUGAAAUCUACAGUCGUCGACUACAAGUUCAGGAGAGGUUGACCAAACAAAUUGCUGUGGCAAUCACUGAGGCGCUGCAGCCCACCGGGGUCGGCGUGGUCAUUGAGGCAACUCACAUGUGUAUGGUGAUGCGAGGCGUUCAGAAGAUGAACAGUAAAACCGUCACCAGCACCAUGUUGGGAGUUUUCAGGGAAGACCCAAAAACCCGCGACGAGUUUCUGACACUGAUCAGGAGCUGAGGAGGAUGAAGCUCUUCCUCUUCCUCCACCUCCUCCUCCUCCUCCUCCUGUUGCCUGGGGUUACCUCCACCUGCACGGACCAGCCGCCGUGCCAUCUGUGUGUGUGUGUGUGUGUGUGUGUGUGAGUGAGAGAGAGAGAAGAGUGUGUGUGUUUCCAUCUCACCAAAGGCAGUGACAGAGUGCUUACUGUGUUUUCAGUCAACCUCUUUUUAUUAGUCAGGUGAGGUCGAGUGUUGCCGUGGUGAUUUCUGUGUCAGAGGCCGCGGACUGACAUGUUGUUUGCUUUUGUGCGACUGAACAGACUUUACCCCCCUUUGUUCACGUGAGUUGUGCGUGUGUGCAUCAAUCAAAUAUUGGCCCUGAAAGGAGAGUAACAGAAAGAUAAAAUUAAUUCACAAAAACCCAAUUAUUAGUCUUUUGCAUUUUGAGAUCACAUUAUUUUAGUUGAAAAGCCAUUUAUACACAGUUUGACACAAAUAAAUAACACACAAAAAAAGAAUAAUUUACAGGCAAAAUGAAAACCAGCAUCAGGUUUACAGUAAUAUUUUGUUUUUAAGCGGAGUGAUGUAAAAUAUCUGCACAGAACAGUCUGAUUUUUUGAACAAUACUGUAAAUGUGGGACUUAAAAACAGAGAUUCUUAUAAAUAACUUUAAUAUAUUCAGGAAACAUGACGAGGCUAAAGGCGGAAACUAUGAAUUAAAAAACUGAACAUUGAAUUUAAAAAAUAAUGUAAGUGUUUCAUCUGAGACUAUUUCACAAAGCAUUUCCAGCUCCCAAGUCAGAGAAAAGUGUUUAUUCACCCUUUUUAAACAGAGAUUUCGCAAUACUGCCGAGAAGAUGAUUCGCCAUGACACCGUUAUAAUGCUGCCCCGGUUUUUGACUUUAGAUAGCGUGCUGACUCUGCAGAAAAAUGCAGAUUGUAACACAUUAAAUAAUCAGGUGCUUUAUGUAGAAUCAUCUGAUUACUGGAUAAAGAUUUGUUUCUUCGACUAGAAAUAAAAUUCUUAGCAUCAACAUGCAGAUGGUGUUUGAUACCAGAAACAAAAUAAAUAGGAUGACUGAGAGAAGACACACUGAGAUUUAAUAACUGCUGAUUAUAAGGAACAUCUAAAGCUGAAACGAUUAGUUGAUUGAUAGAAAAUUACUUGCAGCCAUUUAAUAAUUAAGUCAUUGUUUAGGUCAUUUGUCAAGGAAACAUGUCAAACAUUUACAGCUCCUGAACUUUAACUUUUUUAUGUUAUUUAAAUAAAAUAUCUUUAGGUUUCAGACUGUUUGAAGAUACUUUGGGGCCUUUUUCACUUUUUUUUAGACUAAACAACUUUUUUAAUAAUUGAUUUAAAAAAAACUGAAAAAUAAACUGACUAUGAAAAUAAUUGUUGGCUGCAGCCCUAGAUAGAAGUUCUCCCCUAUAGCAGAUCCAUUUCUUUUAAAUCUUUUCACACGUGUGUAACACUCUGUCACACCUCAGAAACCUCAGAUUACAAACAUCUUUUCCUUUUAUUCAGGACUUUUUGUUCAGCUGAGAUUCUGUCGAUUUAAAACUAGAAUUAAAGCAUUAAAUGUUUUUAUUACAAAUAUUUAGAGGUUCAUUGUGUAAGAUUUAGGGGAAUUUAGUGGCACCUAGCGCCAUGAGGAUUGCAGAUUGUAACAAGCUGAAACUUCUCCCGGUUAGGAAUCCUUCAGCGUUUAUUGUUCAGUCAGUUCAGUGUUUUACUGGGAACUGAAUUAUCCAUAGAGGUCUCGUCCUCUCCAAAACAAACAGACCCAGUGAUUCAAACCAGUGAAGAACAAAGAGUAAAGCAAUUUGACGUUACAAAUCAGUGUCACUAUAACGCUGUUUGACAUCCUGGAGACGGGUGGCUCACGCACCACCUGCUAAUAUGAGCUCACCUUUUUUCAGAUGCAGAAAUCGGUUUCACAAACAUCCUGAAGUCUUUUCAUUAAGGUUUCCUUAAAAUGUUUACUUAACAAUAUAAGGUUUUCUCCUCAUCUUGGUUCUUGUCCUUAAGGAAUUGCGUCAAGUUUGUUUAACUGUUGGACCUUAUCAGCCAAAGUAGGACGGACAACGGGAAAGGCCUGUCUAGUGCCUGUGCUAUGUUUGUCCGUUCUGGGCUACCGUAGAAACAUAGCAGUCCAACAUGGCAAUCUCCAUAUGCAAGAACCCAUUCCCUAUUUAGAUAUGAAUUGCUCAUUCUAAGGUAACAAAAACACAAUGAUUCUUAUUAUCAGGUGAUUAAAUACUAAAGAAAUCAUACUUAUAUUCCAUUUCUGCCAAUGUGUCCGCCUAAAUCCUAAACACUGAACCUUUAAAUAUAAAACAUUGUGGAACAUUUGACGCAAAAUCAUCGGGGGAAAAUAAGCAAAACGCAUCUGAGAAUAAACCAUAUUUAGCAUCUUAUUAUUAUUAAUAUUGUUAUAAGAUCCUGAGCGAGGGUCUGCCUGUACGUGCCAACUCGCCUCUCAAUUAAAACCAAAAGAUGACUUCACAGUGACGUGACGAGGCAGCCAGAGAGAUGCUGAGCUGCAGACUCACCGUCUGAAAACAAACUGAUUCUUUUAAUUUCCAUGAGAGGCAAAUUAAAUGUGUGUAUGUGUAUGUGUGUGUGUGUGUUCCUCACAGUUUUCAUCCCAGCAGAUGAACAGUGUGGAGAUAAGUGUGUGUGUGUGUGUUGUUUAGUGACUUUGUGUUACUCGUGUAGCAGUUUUUUUUUUUGUUUUUUUUUUUGCAUAAUGUCCCCAGACAGAUUUUGGGAGGUUUUAACUUGUGAAAUGUGCUGAUGGGAGUUAUGCGUGUGUGUGUGUGUGUGUGUGUUGGAGGGAAGAUGAACACUGACAAACGGCUGUGAUGAUGUUGUUGUUUUUGUGGCCUUGUUGAGAAGGACGGCCUGUUGUUUGGCCUCUUCACCAUCAUUGUCACUUUAUGUACUGUUUUCAUUUCAGAUACUUUUUAAUCAAAGAAAAUAAAACUCUAUGUGACA